AUGGGCACACAACUAAUGGCUGCUAAUAAAGAAAUUAGGAAAAUGACUGAAAAAUGGAGCAUUUCUCAAAUAUCCAAGUUUGGUUCACACCAAGGAACAACAUGGUCCUUUAACAAAUCAGCAGAUGCGCCAUGGCAGAAUGGUGUUUGUGAAGCCCUGAUCAAGUCAGUGAAGAGAUUACUAGUGAUAGUAGUUGGGGAAAAUGUGUUGAGUUUUGGUGAAUUACAGACAGUGAUGUUUGAAGUAGCAAAUCUAUUAAAUGAGAGACCUAUUGGUCUGAAACCUGGUUAUAACAUAGAUUUGGGAUCCUAUUUGGGUCCUAAUGAUUUGUUACUUGGUAGGGCAAGUAAUAAAGUUCCUAGUGGACCCAUGGUAAAUGCAGCUGAUGUGAAAAAACGAUUUAGUCUUAUUCAAAGUAUUGUGACCACAUUUUGGAAACGGUGGAUGCGGGACUACUUCCCCACAUUAAUAGUUAGACAAAAAUGGCAUGCUGAACAAAGAAAUUUGAAAAGGGGUGACAUUGUACUAGUUCAGGACAAUGAACUAAUUAGAGGAAAUUAG